AUGAGCCAAGAAAAUUUAUCAGAUAUCUCGUUUGAAGAAAGGAAUCAGAAUGAAGGUCUUGUUGCAGAAAAUUCGGUUAUAAAUAACUCUGAAAUUAAAUCAUCAAACGAAAAUGACGGUUGUACUGAAGAUAUGUCACCGAGUGAGAUUAUUGAAGAAACCGUUACUGAGAUGGAAAGAAAUUCAAAUGGCGAAAUGCAAUCAGUUGACGAAAUUACAAUUCUGGACCCUAACCAUCCUUUAAUGAUUCGUUUCCAGAAACAACUGUUCGAACAUCUGACCAAACAGCGAGAAAAAUACGAAUUAGAAUCGGCAACAUUGAAAGACCAAUUGAAUAAGUCUAAAGACAAAAGAGAAGAAAUUGGAGUGCGUUUAUAUGAACGACAACAAGAAUUGGCAUCUCUGCAAGCACAGCUGGAAGACCUUAUGGAACAGUUGUCCGAAAAAUCUCUCACGAAUGAAAGAACAUUGUACGAAAUUGAAGAGCAUCGCAAGAUAGCAAAUAAACUCAGAGAUACCAGCACUGAGGAAUCAAAGGAGGAAAAUCCGAGUGGAGAGUUAGAUUUGUCAAUUCAAAAUAUAGGAAACAUUGAAAGUGAACUGAAAGAAAUAUUUUUGGUGGAGCAGGAUGUGAUUCACAUGCAAGCUAACAUAGAAAAACUAAAUGCGAUUGUGUGUAGUAAGAAAGCAAAAGAAGAGGAACUAUUUAAUGACACAAUCCUUCAGGAAAAAGAUUUUAUCAAAAAAUUAAAGGUAGUUUAG